UUGAAAAGCACUAUGACGAAAUUAAAGAGUUAUUUCAAUUUGAUUCAAAAAUGCUAACUCUUAUUCCUUAUAUUUGUCCACGAAAGGAAACCAGUCUUCUUUGUGAAAUAUUACCAAUUGAAUUAGCCAUUGUGUGGCUUAUUGAGAGACUUGGCUUACAAGUUUCUCAUACAUACAGUCUUUGCUCUCAUAUUUUUAAUGAUGAUAUGGAACAUUGUUUUGAAAAACCAAUGGCUUGCAUAAUGAUAAGAAUUUACAAGGAAGAUAUUAAAGAUUUUAUAAUUUUUAGUCAAUGCUCCAAGGCUACGUUUCAUUUUGUGCAAAGUUUUAACAAAAGACUCAAUUAUUCCAAAAUUUCCAAAACACUAGUAGAGUUGUCUGUGUCUCUUUUUAUUCACAUUUUGUACAGAGUUACAAUUUAUGAUGAAGAAGAGCCAGAAAAUAGAAAGGCUUUGUGCAAAGAUUUGAGAGAACAAGUGAAAUUAAUACUAAAGAACUGGAUUGUACUCCGUGAAGUUAUUGGUGGAUCAUUUUUUGGUGGAAAUAUUAGAACGCUUGGUUAUCAAAGAGGUUUAGCGAAAGAGGACCUGGAACUGAAAUUUUGGGAGAACAUACUUGCUUUAAAAUUUCCAUGCAAAGAAAUGAAGAAUGAGUUAGAGAAGAUAGUUGCAGAACUUGUUAAUGAUAGGGUUACUGGAAUACCUUCACCAGAACUAAAGAUUGAUCUUUUUGUCAGUGUUGAGCGUCGAGAGGGAAUUCCUGAUUUUUUUAGGAAUAUAUUCCUGACCAAAGCAAUUGAUGCAUUAGAUGAUUUAUUUUCUAGGAAACAGUCGGCAAGCCAAAUUCAACGAUGGGAUCAGUUGGUUAAAUUGAAUUCGGCACGUGUUGUAGAAUUAAUUGCUAAAAUUCUUGAAAAGAAGUAUCCAGACUUUAUGAGCGUCCCAGAGGUACCUUUUCAUGACCUUUUGGAAUGGGAACUAUGGCCGGGAUUUUUAAAAGUUUAUUAUGCUCAAGUUGAAAAAAAGGAAGGUGAAUGGGCAUUAAUAGUAACAUGUGCCAUCAGUAAACUGGAGGCAGUGUGUGCUAAUAUUCAUAAUGGAGACAUUACAGUAACUGAGUUGAGGGCAAUAAAAGAUAAACAAACUCAAAUGAACAAACUUUGUGAAGCUAGUGAUUCUCAACCAGCUGUAUUACAAGAAAGUAUAGCAAAACGUUUAAAAGAGUUUAAACAUUUUGAGGACUACAAGGGCAAGUUAUUGCACUUUCUAUCUCAGAUUGGUAGGAAGUUGAUAGGUUAG